AUGGAGCUGGUCGUGGCGAACGCGACCGCGUCGUCACCGCUCGCGACUCCGGUGCUUCCGGUCCCGUCCGCCGUCCGUUCAACGAGCGUCGGCGUGCAGAUUGCCUUUACCGGGCUGUCCGCGUUCGGAAUUUUCGGCAACCUGCUGGCGCUGUUCAUACUGCACCGGAUCCGAUCGACCAGCAACAAGAAACACGUGUUCAUGUUGCGGUGUCUGGUCACCAACGAUCUCGUCUUGCUCGUCGGUCGGGUGGUCCACAUGUUCGUGAACGUCUCGUUGCCGUACACCAAGAAGAACGUGUGGUCCUGCCGGUUCAGCGUCCUGUGGCGGUUCUUCGGGCUGAACUCUGGGUGCGUGGCUCUCAUGAUGGCCGUCGAACGCUGGCUGGCGCUUACCAAACCGUUUUUUUACAAAAAGUACAUUAGCCUACAUUUAAUCAAAGGAAUGAUGGCUAUACUUUGUUUUGAAAUAUUGUGUUUAAUGUGUGCACCAUACUUUGGAUUUGGAUAUGGUCGUUACUGGGACGAGAAAUCGUCAACGUGUGUGGGUUAUCGAAAUGCCAAGAAGACUUUGGACGUGUUACACGUUUAUGUAUAUUUAGGUCAUGGUGUAUUUUUAUGCUUUGCAAUAGUCUACACGAACUUGGCUGUUAUGAAAGCACUGUGCAUGAAAAAUAGUCCUCACAACCAGCAUAUUGUGACAAUAAGACGCACCAACCAAGAAUCGUCAUUGCCUUGCAACAUAGCUACCAAAGAAGAAAGAUCAUUCGGUUGGCUCAUGUUUUUGCUGUGCGUUACGUUUAUCAUUUGUUGGGUUCCACAAAUGAUAUCGAUACCAUUAUCUAGGUUUGUCGAGGAUGAGUCGGAAAUUCGGCCGUUUAUCAUUACCACAGAAAUGCUGUUGGUUAUACAUUUAGCGCUUAACCCAUAUCUGUAUGUGCUCCAGCACUGGACGUUAGUAAAGACCAUCUUCUUGAGCUCGAAGAUCAAUAAUAACGUUAAUUCUAGUAGCACGAGUGGAACUCUAGAAGUCUAUGAAAACAGCGAAAAAGUAUUAUCAGAGCAGCCUCUCUAAUUCCGAUGUACGAUGGCUGUAGUUUGCUGUUUAUAAUUUAAAAAGAUGUUUGCGCAGGGAUUUGCUGGCUCAUGAAAAACAAAUAUUAUUUUGUUUACGGGAAAAUCGACAUUGAUGUUCCUCGUUUUGUAAAGAAAUUCUGUCACAAAGAUAUUUGGAAUAUUUUUUGAAUGUUAUUUCAAACUACCACUAAAAUUUCUGAUCGAUUCUUUAAAAGAACUAUCUUUGGAACUUUGUUAUUAGAUUUGUUUAGAUUUUUUUCGUAGCUUAUAUUGUUGGUUUUCAUUGAACAAAUAAAAUCAAAUUUAUCA